GGUUUCUGCUCAGAUUAUAAUUCUAAGGGUCUAAAAUUCAGGAGAGGGAGGUUCGCUGUUUGAUACCUCGUGGUUGUUGAAGUGAAAACAACAUUAACGCCACCUUCGCGGGACUCAGUUCUCACACGGUCUUUGCAGAGAUUGGAGAUGAAUCUAAACUACACAUCUCCUGUGCCCCAGAUGCCAGCCCAAAGGUCAACAUCGUUCUUCAUCGAAGACAUUUUGCUACACAAACCCAAGCCGCUGAGAGAAGUGUUUCACUCGCCCUUCUCCGGCUCCCUGGCGUCCCGGAUGCCUCUUCUGGAAUAUGGAUAUCCGCUGAUGCCAACCCCUAUACUGGCGCCUCACCCUCACCAUCCCCUUCACAAACCUGAGCACCACCCGUAUUUCUUCACCUCCGGGAUGCAGGUGCCGGCACUCUUUCAGCAUCACCCAGAGUUGCCUGGCAAGCACUGCAGACGGAGAAAGGCCCGAACCGUGUUCUCAGACUCCCAGUUGUCAGGGCUGGAAAAGAGAUUUGAAAUACAGCGGUACCUCUCUACUCCAGAAAGAGUGGAAUUGGCUACAGCGCUAAGUCUCUCAGAAACACAGGUAAAAACGUGGUUUCAAAAUAGAAGGAUGAAGCAUAAAAAACAGCUAAGGAAAACCCAAGACGACCAGAAAAAUCCAAGUGACUUGGAUCGAUCCCUAGAAAACACAAGUGAGAACGAAAGCAGUGAAAAAAAUUCAGAAGAUGUUAAAACAGGAAUGAACCAGGACUCAUAUAUGCUCGAAGAAAAUGAAGAUGAUGUCGAUAUCGAAGAUGAUAUUUGUUCCCCGGAACAUCUAUUAUAAUUAAAGACAUAUUUACAAACAAAUGUUCCCAUUGACAAACCAUAUGCUGUACGUGGUACCAAUCAGAUAUUUAACAUUUUUUAAGUAUCAGUAAUAACAUUAUAAAAUUAUAUUUAUUGAAAAGCUUGCGAGGACAUUCAUUGACACUUAAUACUAUGUGCUGGUUUGCUUACAGAACACAACCGUGUUUCAUGAGUCAAAUGUACAGGAGCAGUUUACUGAUCAUCGAAAUAUGGGAGGUGUAAGAUACCAUGAAGUGAUAAUAGCCUAAUUGUACUUUUUUCAUCUACUUGUAUUAUUAUUAUUAUUAUUAUUAUUAUAGGCUAUACUCAAAUAUUUACCCUGGCAAAUAUCUUUUUUCAGACAAUGUGUUUUUUGUUCAUAUUUUUGCGAGUAAGGAAGCCGAAAAUAUUGUAAAGACAAUCUGUAAAUUAUUUUUAUUGUGUAUUUAUACAUUGAUAAAACAAUUAACAAAAAGCAAAUGCCGCCUCACAUUCCACCACAUAAUUUGAUUUUUAUAUCAAAGUUUUAUAUCUUAUUUUAGCACUUCCGAGGGGUUUUAUGUAGUUAAAUUGUUUAUCGGUUGUAUACUCCUUCGUCGUGUGAUGUCUGCAUUAAAUGAAAUAUCAAACAAAUACAAAGUUCAAUAAGACUGCACUUGACAGGGACUUAACGUCAUUACCAAUUAAAUGUUUAGAUCGACCGAAGCAAAACAAAAUCAGCAUGCACAAGAUGCAACAAUUUAAAAGGGUCUCAUGCAAACGUGUUUCCUUGCAGCCAAAGUGAAUUCAAUUAGCCUAACGUAAACGGUUUGUAAUAUUAGCCUACCUCUAUUAGAAUCUGAAUCAGUUUCGUGACAAACAAUAUCGUCUUGAGCCAAAUCGAAAAAAUAAAUAAAAUAAUUAAUACUCGCGGUAA